AUGAAUCAUUGGGAAACGCUUGCAGACCUUCUAACAAAUGGCUAUACGGAAGACCUGGUCGACAGCAUUUCCCACAAGAGAUUUGGGUUGCCCCAGGACAGCGCGUGUGAGAAACCAAGGAAGAGCGAGAUGCUGGGCGGCGAUGGCCUCCUCGCUGGACUCUGCGGGAUGUACAAAUCACUGGGCCGCAAACAAGAUCACGCAAAUGUCCAUCCAGCCGAGCGGGAUAUCCUCGAACACGUCCUGAGCCUACGGGAGGAGCUCAAGCGGCUGGGCGGCCCCGAACUGGAAGAUCUGUCAAUAGAAGAAGACGACGCCGCCAGGGACGUGUAUAACAGAAAGUUUAACUGCAGCGAACUUUGGCGUGGCGCACUGGAGAUCGUUCCAUGCAGCCUGAGCUCUGGCGUCCAAGCUGAGUGGGUGCCCACGCCAGCCAACACCAGCAGCCGGAGAUAA